AUGAAGAAGAAUACUUCUGUUGUCUUUUGUCUGACUGUAACUCUGUUUGGGGUCUGCGGCCUGGGGGUAGCGAAGACGCUUUUGGAAAAUGAGGUGAAAGAGCACUUGUCGGAUUUUCUCUUCUUAAACAAUUCACAGAAGUUCUGCGAAGGGGGAAGUAUCAUCCAGGCUCUGAACACGGAAAAGCUCCUCACUCUAAACAGUGUGUUAGAUAUCUGUGCCUCGAAGAAGGAGUGCGAUUUUGUCUCUUACUCUCCAAAGAGGACUUUAAGAAAUUCCCUUUUUUAUGAGGACGAGAAUGAGCUGAACAAUACGGGGGCCAAUUGGUUCUGUUCCGGAGAGAAAUGGGUUAUCUCUCGCCCGAGGAAGUACUGGAUUACCGCAAUUAAGGAGGACCAUAUAAAAGAACAAGUGAAGAAUUUCAACCUUUCGCUGAACAUGAUGGGGGAGUGUGACGACGAACACGUCUUGAUGAGAAUUCGCAAGGACGUCACUCCGAAGGAAGCGGCAACCGAGUGCAACAAAAUCACCGAUUGUAAAUUCAUCGUAUUUAAUUAUAACAGAAAGUUGGGAAGUGACGAGACACAAGUUGAUAGGGUAGUCCUUUGCUCAGUGCCCCCUAAAGGCAGAAAAAACAAAAUGGGCUUCCUAAUAGCUGGAAAAAAUCACGAAGAAGUGCCCCACUCGGCCAAAAAAAAGGAGCGCAAAAGGAAAGCGACACUCCCCAAAUUGGAGGCGACCGGAGGAUCCAUAACCCCAGACAGCCACCACUACAAUUUUAAGAAGGGGGAAAUCGUGCAUGCGCGUAGAAUGUCCUCUUAA